AUGCCCAGUAGUUUUGGAUUAUGGUUUGCCGCUUAUGCCGAGCAUUUAUUAAUGGAUUUGCACUCGUUUGAAGCCGCUUUUAAAGUGGCCGAUCAAAAUCCAUUGGGCUCGGCAGCGGGUUUUGGCAGCAGUUUUCCCAUUGAUAGAUCCAUGACCACUCAGGAAUUGGGUUUUGGCAGCGUGUUGGUGAGUUCCGCCAGUGCUCAAAUGCUUAGAGGCAAAUCCGAACGCAUGGUGGCCAACGCCAUGGCGGGAUUGGCGGGUACCAUUUCUAAAAUGGCCUACGAUUUGGUGUUGUACAAUAGUCAAGAUCUUAAUUUUGUGCAACUGCCCAAAGAAUACACCACAGGAUCGAGCAUUAUGCCUCAUAAAAAAAAUCCCGAUGUGUUUGAACUCACCAGAGCCCAUUGCAACCGAAUUCAGGCCAUCCCCAUAGAAAUCACCAUG